AUUUUUUUUUUUUUUUUUUUUUUUUAAUUUGCAAUAAAAAUGGAGCUCCCUGCGGCGGGAGAGCGAGUGUUCGCCGUGGAGAGCAUCGAGAAGAAACGCAUCCGAAAGGGAAGGUUCGAAUACCUGGUCAAGUGGAGAGGCUGGUCACCAAAGUACAACACGUGGGAACCGGAGGAAAACAUUCUCGACCCGCGUCUGCUCGUGGCGUUCCAGCACAGGGAGCGCGAGGAGCAGCUGAUGGGCUACCGCAAGAGAGGCCCGAAACCCAAACACUUUCUCACCCAGGUCUCAUCAUUUGCCCGGAGAUCCAGCGUUCUUUCUGACCUUCAUGAUGUAUCUCAGGGCAGCGGGUUCCGUCUCAAUCCAUCCGCCGGCGUGACACAGAUGCAGCAGUUCUGUCUGGACAGCAGGAGGCAGCAGCCAUACCAGAGCCUGGAUGACGUCCUGAUCAACGGGAAGAACGAGAAGAAGCAGUACUACCAGCUCCACAGCAUGAAUCACCACCAGUACCGACCCGACCCCACACCCUACCAGCAGGAACAGUCUCGGGAACCGGAUCAGGAACGUCACGGCGACGUGAAGGAUGUCAGCAUGGAGCUGGAGAAGGUUCUUGAUGGUGGAAAGGGAGAUUUAAAGCUCAUUCAGGAGAGCACAAGACCUGUGAACGGAACUAACAGCAAACUAAAAAUUGUGAAGAACAAGAACAAAAACGGACGAAUCGUCAUCGUGAUGAGUAAAUACAUGGAGAAUGGGAAACGGGUGGACAGGAGGGUGAAGCAGAACCAAUCGGUGGAGAGAGGAACCAAUUGCGUCAACGGCUCUGCAGAGGGAACCAAACCCUCCGAGAGGAACGGCUUUGAAAACGGCUUCCACGAGAACAACAAAAACGGACAAACGGCAACAUCGGAAAAUGGCGUCUAUAAGCGGCAUCACUCGGAACCUUGUGGCGACCAACGGGGUGCUCAGAGCUUCCUGAGCCGUCGGAGCAUUAGUGCACCAAACGCUAGCUCGCGUCAGGGUCAGAGCAACGGCACGAGCGUGAACGGACACCACAGCACGACUGACCUCUCAGACUCGUGUCAGGACGAGCCGAUGGAUCUGAGCUUCUCGGGUUCUCGAGGAGCCAGAAACACUCCCACGGACUGUCGUUCGAACGAGCUCUCGGCCCCGGCUGAGACGGAGAUGCCUCCGCCCACACGGGAACCGGAGAGUGCUCCGAGCUUCACGCCGUUUCUGGGGAAUAUAAUAAUCACAGACAUCACAGCGAACUGCCUCACAGUGACUUUCAAGGAAUAUGUUCCUGUCUGAAAAAACAACAACAACAAGAACUACUGAAAACUAUUUGUAAAUUUGUGGGCAUGUAAAUAAGCUUGUUUUCCAGAAUGAUCUAAUGUUAUGAAUACCCAAGUUAUUACUUGACAUUUUCAUGAUAAUAAUAAUGUUAUAUAAAUGACCGUUAUUUUUACAAAAAAAAAUUAUUUUGCCAAGCUGCUUUGCUAAUGUUAGCGCCAUCACUCUCUCUCUCUCUUUCUCUUUCUCUCUCUCUCACUUUCUCUCUCUUUCUCUCUCACUCUUUCUCUUUCUCUCUCUCUCACUCUCUCUCUCUCUUGUUUUCAGCCAAUCACAGAACGUUAUAAUCACCCACUGAAGAUGGAUAGGAGGCGGGACUUAACACAAGUUUUGUUGUGAGCACUCAACUGAGUUGAAUUUAACGCUGACGAUCAGAUUCACCUGCUGCUAUUAACAUUUCCUCAUUUCUAAUGUAACGAAUAGGGUAGGGGUGUAACGAUACGGCGUGACGCGUCGCUUCGUUCGGGACGAUGUUCACGAUUUGAUUUGUCUGCAUACUGAACGAUACCUUCAACUCUUUGUGUAACAAUCAACGUUGGCAGAAUGUUCUAAAAUACUUAAAGAUUUAGACUUCUAAUCAAACUCACGUUUUGACUUCCUCUUUAUCUCGAAUCACUGGAGGCGACCAGGGUUAAAAAUAAAAAAACACGUUCUCCCUAAUCACGCUGCUUUUCACGAGCUGAUACUACAAGCUAGCACACUACUGUACUAGCAAACUAGCUGCACUAUCUACACCAACACCAAUGAAACACACACACAUACACGUUCUUUGCAUCUUCACUCAGCUUAUACAAAAACACUUGUCCUACAUAAAUCUGCAAAACACCACUCAGGGUUGCCAAGUCUGUUUUUUUUACAUUUUGAGUAGGAGAUAUAAAAAACAAAAUAAUACACAGCUAAAUCCCACUGUUUCUGCUCUGUUUCAGGUUUAAGAUGUACUUAGGGGAAAAUCUGGCAACAUCAGUCCCAUCUUGAGCAGAGCACUAAUGUAUAAUUAUCGGUGUUUAGCUAUGUUUAUUUCAUGCUGCUAGGAGUCCGAACACAUCACACAAACACUGCGUCAUUACAUUCACUUAUUCUUCUUUUAUAAUGUUGUUUUCAUUAAUCGCCGGAACACGGAAACCUAACACACGUCCUCUGGGUUUUUAUUCCCGCUGUUAUCGUAAACACGUCGUAGCGAGACGCCGCCGAAUCGUGAAUUCAGGUGGAAUUUGUUCCUUGCGUAUCAUUACACCCUUCAUGAUUUCUCGCCACAUGGAAAUGAAGUCUGCAUUAUUCAUGCGCUUAUAUUGAAUAUUUCUACCUUUUUCUUUGUUACUUCUUGUUUUAUUCUGAUAUCACGAGUACUAAAAGGUACAUAAUAAUUGUGUAUUUAAAGACAAAUUAUCAUUCCAAAAAUUAUUCCAAACAGGCAUUUGUACUCAGUAACAUGAGAUUUGAAUCAUUAAUGACUUAAAUUCAUUGGCGUGUGAUGAAACAUUUGCCCUCAUGCCUUCAGAAAGAACUAAAUUUCAGCAAAAAGCACAAAAACAUGUUGAUGAUCUGAUGAUGAAUUGCGGUGCCGACUCUUGGGGAUUCAUGGGUUGAUUUGAUUUUUCAGGCUGCUUGUUUCAUACAUAAAGCUAUCAUUUUUUAAGCACUCAUGUAUGUAAAGGUGAACGUUGGAAAUGUUACGUCCAGCUGUGUCAAUGUCCUGUAAACUUGUGUCCCAGACCAACAUCUCAACACAUUAAAAGCUUAUUUUUGUGUGAUUAGAUUCUCA